UCGUGAUAAGUGUCUUCAAUCUGGAAUGGAUGAAUAUGUUACCAAACCUUUACGAUUACCAGAGUUGAUCUCUGCCAUCAAGAAAUUUGCCCCUCAAUCUGCUCAAAUGAUGAUGGAACCUCCCAAGAAAUAAUGGAUGUAUAUCUAUUUUUUUUUUUUUGUUAGUCUUAUUACCUGUAGUCUAUCAAUUUCAUUUUGUACCUUUUUUUUUUAUUAUUGGUCUUUGAUAUAUAUAUACCUUUUUAUUUUUAUUAUUAUUGUCGUUAUAUAUUUUUAUUCAUUUCAUUUACUUACUGAUUUCUGUAUUGGCUUUUGUAUAUAAUAUGUUUUCUAUUUUCUAUUGAAGAAUAAAUGUUUCUUUUUGAACUGUAACUCCGAU